AUGAUCACCGGAAAAGAUAUCUACGACGUCUUAGCGGCCAUCGUGCCGCUUUACGUAGCCAUGAUCUUAGCAUAUGGCUCCGUCAGAUGGUGGAAGAUCUUCACCCCUGAUCAAUGCUCCGGUAUCAACCGAUUCGUCGCAGUCUUCGCUGUCCCUCUACUUUCCUUCCAUUUCAUCUCAUCUAACGACCCAUACGCCAUGAAUUACCAUUUCAUCGCCGCAGAUUCCCUCCAAAAGAUCGUAGUCCUCACUGCCCUAUUCCUCUGGCAAGUUCUAGUCAGACGUCGCUCCGGUCAAGGACUCGAUUGGAUGAUUACCCUUUUCUCUUUAUCAACUCUACCCAACACUCUCGUCAUGGGAAUCCCACUCUUGAAAGCCAUGUACGGAGAUUUCUCCGGCGGAUUGAUGGUUCAAAUCGUAGUUUUGCAGAGUGUCGUUUGGUACACUUUAAUGUUGUUCAUGUUUGAGUAUAGAGCUGCCAGGCUUCUAAUCGGAGAACAGUUUCCAGAAACUGCAGGAGAAAUCGCGUCUUUUCGAGUUGAUUCCGAUGUCGUGUCGUUGAACGGACGUGAAGCGUUACAGACGGAUGCGGAAAUUGGUGACGACGGGAAGUUACAUGUCGUGGUACGGCGGUCGGCGGCUUCAUCUGUGGUGUCUUCGUCGUAUCAUAAUAACAAUACAAAGUUAACUCCAAGAGCAUCGAAUUUAACCGGAGUUGAGAUUUACUCUGUUCAAUCAUCAAGAGAACCAACUCCAAGAGCAUCAAGCUUUAACCAAACAGAUUUCUACGCAAUGUUCUCCGCCGCUAGUAAAACCGCUAGCCCAUCAAGACACGGAUAUACAAACAGUUACGGCGGCGGACAAGGAACCGGCGCCGAGGUUUUCUCAUUGCAAUCAUCGAAAGGGGUGACUCCAAGAACAUCAAAUUUCGACGAGGAUAUGAUGAUGAAGAGAAAACAAGGGAGAGGUGGUGUCAAGAGUAUGAGCGGCGAGUUGUUUUCCGGCGCCAGCGCCGGAAUCCCUUCCUACCCACCUCCUAAUCCUAUGCUCUCCGGCAGCGGAAGUGGAGUUCCACAAAAGGGUAGAAGAGAAAGUGGUUCAUCUGGCACUAACAAUACUAAUAGCAAGGAAUUACAUAUGUUCGUUUGGAGUUCAAGUGCUUCGCCGGUUUCUGAAACAAACAUGAGAAACGCUAUUAAUAAGGCGGCGACGGGGACUGGGGCUAAUGAGAGUUUAGUUGAAUCAUCUAAAGCUGCUUUUCAACGAGAGACAAAUCCGAAAGGAGAGGAUAUGGAGUUUCCGGCGGCGGUGGCGGCGGCGUAUGAGGGGGCGGCGGAGAAGAAGAGGAAGGUGGUGGAUGAAGAAGGUGGUGGUGGUGGUGGGAUGAAUAAGAAACAGCAGAUGCCGCCGGCGAGUGUGAUGACUAGGCUUAUUGUGAUUAUGGUAUGGAGGAAACUUAUAAGGAAUCCAAACACGUACUCCAGUCUCAUAGGUGUUGUUUGGUCGCUCAUUUCUUUCAGGUUUAAUAUUCAAAUGCCAUCAAUAGUGAAGGGUUCAAUAUCCAUUUUAUCAGAUGCUGGUCUUGGAAUGGCCAUGUUCAGUUUGGGUUUGUUUAUGGCUCUACAACCUAGGAUCAUAGCGUGUGGAAAGUCGGUUGCAACCUUUACAAUGGCGGUGAGAUUUCUAACAGGACCAGCCGUGAUCGCCGCCACUUCCAUUGCGAUUGGCCUUCGAGGAGUCCUUCUUCACAUCGCAAUCGUUCAGGCCGCACUUCCUCAAGGAAUUGUCCCGUUUGUGUUCGCGAAAGAGUACAAUGUUCACCCCGACAUACUUAGUACCGGGGUUAUUUUCGGGAUGCUAAUAGCGUUGCCUAUUACUGUACUGUAUUAUAUCCUAUUGGGCCUUUAAAACAGGCCGGACGAGGAUUAAUGGGCUUCAAUUU